UUGGAGGAUUGGAGCAAAAGGUGGGCAAAAGUAGCAAAAGUGAAGCAUAGCAUUAGGCAGAAAACGUGGAGAGAGAAUCGUGUUCUGCACAGUUCCAUCCAUCCAUUCCUUUUUCCAGCCAAGCCAAGCCAAAACCUAAGCCAUCCGAGUUCAUGCAGUCUCACAGAGGAAGAAGAGCUUAAAAAGCACCCACUUCACUCCCAGCUAACGUCAUUCAUCAUUAUGGUGGCAAAGGAAGGAACGGUUGGAUUUGGAUACUGAUUCGGAUUUUAUUCGCCUAAGCGUAUUAAAAUCUGGAAAGUAUCAAAGAUCAAAGGACCAAUACUGAGCUAUUAUUAUUGUUAUUUUGUGGCAUUUUCAAGAAAAAAUCUCCAGACCUAUAGAAUUCCAGCCUCUCGUUACGUACGCAUGCAACCCGUCACAAACAACAGAAUUCUGGCAUUUGCUUGAAUGGCGAAUCAAAAUACCAUCAACCCUAUAACCUUGAGCCCAGAGAGGCAGAAAUAUGACGACACUUUAAACGGCAAGCGUAUAGCGUUGAAUAUUUAAAGACGGUCUAGUUCCGUUUUUUCCGCCUCGUCCACUCCUAUCAGCUAUCAUUAUUAUCUAUCGACUCCAAUUCUCCAUAGUCGGCACAAUAAACAACUACUAACCCAUAUAAAGCGAUGGCUAUCGAUUAUUCGAACCACUACUGUCAUCACCAAUAAGCUCGAAGGUUUUGACACCUUAAAUACUGACCAAACCCGACAAGCAGACCGUAUUCAGUCAAUUGGAUUGGAUUGAAUUGGAUUGAAUAACAAGGGUGGCGUCGAUUCGAUAAUAAGCAAAUAGCAAAAUGUUUGGAGGUGGUGAAGUUAUCAAAUUCACCAAGACUAAAGCCAGCCCUAAACCAAAUGGGAACGGGGUUUAUCAUCAUCACGACGACGACUAUGACGAGGAUGACCAUGACGACCACGAUCACACCCCUUCCUACCCACUGCCCCCACCCGAGUAUCAUCACCACCACCGUCAAUUCCAGGAUCACCCCUACCUAUUUGAACAGGUCAUGAAUGGGAGGGAGGAUUCAAAUUAUGGUGGGAGGCGACCACACCCACACGCAGUCUUCUACCCUGGAAUGGAAAGUGACCACAGCAGUGAGGGAGGAAAUGGACACCAGCAUCAUCCUCUGGGUCACAACAACUUGACCAAUUCUGCUUCGCCAACUACGGAAAUGGCAUCGUCCUUCAUUCGAAGAACGUCUGAAGGGAGUUCCGGCACCUCGACCAGCCCCCCUUCUGGCCGUGCAGGGGCCAAUCAAUAUCAAAAUCAUCACAACAGCAGGAACUCCAAGACGGCAAAGAUUUGCGAGGUUUGUGGGGACAUUGCAAAAAGUCUCCACUUUGGAGGGUUAUCGUGCGACAGCUGCAAAGCGUUCUUUCGCCGAUCCGUCCAUAAGGAUGCCCACCUCCAAUUCUCCUGUGGUUACGACAAUUCGUGCCACAUUAGCAAGCAGACGCGGAAAUCUUGUCAAAAGUGCAGAUUUGAGAAAUGUAUCCGGAUUGGGAUGGAAAAGAAGUGGGUCAUGUCGGAGGAAGAACGGAAGCUUUUGAAUUAUCAGAGGGAGGUUAAAAAGAUCAACAAGUCUCAAGCACAACACCAGCAACCCCAGCAGGGAGGCAGCCCUGUCAAUGGGGUUGGGGGUGGAACAUCGCCAUCAGAGUCAAGCAGUGAGCAGUCAUCGUCCAACAUCCAUCACGACUCUGACCCCGAAACACCAACUGAAUACAUUCCUAACGUGGACGAAAUGCUGAACUACAUGUCGGCAGAGGAACAGCGCAAUAUUCGAGAAAUUUGCGAGUACUAUCGCAUUGCUUAUGAUAAAAUUCCAUACAAUGUUCCGAAAACAACGGAGGGUUUGCGAAAUACAUUGCAAGUAAUUGGCAUGUUCACUACAAUUUUGCGAAGGUUUGCAUUUUUCUCGAAACUAGUCCCAGAAUUUCGCGAUUUGAACAGGGAAGAUCAAGGGAACUUGUUGAAGGCAAGCGUUCUGGAAAUGGUCAUGCUGCGUGGAGCUCUUUCGUUUGAUAUUGAGAACCACCGCUGGCCCAACACUAAUCUGGAGUUCCUGAAAAAUUGUCCACAACUGCGGGUUCAAGACAUGCAGAACCUCGUCUCUCCCGAGCUAUUCGAAAUGCAUAUGAGCUUCAUCAAACGGAUUCAAAAUUUAAAAGUUGACGAGCCCACCGUCAUGCUUCUCCUCCUCAUCGUCAUGUUCUACCCGGAACGGUCAGAACUCGAGGAUGUCGCAAAGGUUAACAAGGCUCAGGAAAAAUAUUGCGAACUUCUCAGCAAGUAUGUCAACUGGCGAUAUGGGAAAGAGGGCAAAAAGCUGUACCCCAAAUUGUUAACUCAACUCAGCAACCUCCGUCAGUUGAACGACUUGCACACCGAGUAUCAUCUCAAUCUUGCUGAAAAGGAGGUAAACGUCAUUCGGCAAGAUCUUACUCAGCUCCACUUGAAUCCAUACCCUCAAUGGAAAAUUGUCACCACUGAAAACUCACCAGCUACCACGGCCCCUCACUCCCCCCAGUUCCCACCUUUACAUCCCACAGCAGACGAAGCCUCGCCCCCAUCAUUCCACCCACCACAGGUUGGGGAAUACUCUCUUCCAUUGUCUCACCCACAGCAACAAACUCCCACAACCCCACCCGGCAGCAGCAACAUUGGUCCUAUCCGAUCAUCUCACCACAACCAUCGCAUCCAUUCCCGAAUGCGAGAAGCUUUCCUUCGCCGUAUUCCUCACCUUAUCGACGAUCCUUUCGCUCCUCUCAUGACGCCAGAGGACAUGGCCACAAUGGGACAACAGUUCAGCGGACUUGCCUCCCACAUUGCGCAACAACCCGUGGCGGCACAAGCGCCACAACCCGAACGCGCACCCUUUGACCCGUGGCAGCCUCGUCAUAGUCAACAAGAAACUGCCAACAGAUCUCAGCAGCAAGCCUUCGCUGCACCACCGAACUUGGCUCAGUUCAGUCAAGGAGGGUUUGAUCUGGACAAGAUGCCACAGGGUAUUCAAAGCAUUGUGGAAUCGCUAAACCCUGAAACGCUAGCCCGGCUUCGGAGCAUGUUCUUUGCAGGGGCAUUUAAUGGCGUGGCGCCCUCAGCCACGUCGACUGGAGGGGAUGGAGCACCCCCAGGGGCAGCUUCUGGUUUAGGUCUUGGUGGUGGUGGUGGUGCCAUCACACCGGGACUUUUUGCCAACCUGGCCACUGCAGAGGGUCAAGGUGGUAACAAUUUGGCUAAUUUGAUUGCAGACUUUACUGCUCAGAACCGAGAAAUGCGUCCAAAUUGAAGAAUCCCCCCUCACUUUUAGUUUUGUGUUUGAUGUAUCUUUCAACUAUUGUAUCGUGUUCAAUGUGUAAUCAUAUCAUGGUCAUUGGCAUGUCGUGUUCCAUCCAAAUUCACACAGUAAAAUUAACUGGCGUCCAUGCAUAAAUAUAAUUACUAAUAUUUACACAUAUGUAUGUACGUAUGUACACGGGCAGUACACCCAACAUUUACAAGUUAAUACGUAAUUAAUAAGACUAUCUACUACAUAAUUGUCAAAAAAAACGUAUUUUAAAAUUCUCUUACAAAAAAAAACUUGACGUGAUCUUCACAUUUUAAAUAUUUGUGACGUGAUAUUGUAAAACAAUUCCGAAAUUUUGUGGUGUCUAGAAAAAUUUGUUCCUCUUUCCUAAUUGUUAAAUUUAAAAGGUGUGACUACAUGUUCUAGUUUUAAAUAUCUUUACUAUAACUAUGCGUAUUUUGGUGGCAUACUUAUUUCCAAGUAUUUAGCCAGACUUGUCCAAAAUGGUAAGGAAAAGUGUAUGUGAUAAAAAUGUAAAUAAUCCAACAUUCGUAUCGUACAAUAUUUUUUUGUAGAUUCACAUAUUUCAAACAAUUUUAAAUGUUCCUCUCCUUUUGUCAAGAGAAAUGCUACGCUUUUUCAAGUACGAUCUUCAUGAAGAGAAAUAUGUCAAUUUCAACAUAGAAUUUGCACAACACAGUUUGGCAAAAUUUACAUAAAUGGCUCAUCAUUGUCAGAAAAUGUAAUGACUCAAUUGGUUCGUAAUACACUAAAAUUGCUGUACAUAACAAUAAAAUAUUUGUGUAAGGGAGCUUCUGGUUGUUGUUUAGUAGUAUUAAAAGUGGAUUUUGUGCGUCCCGUGAUCAAUAAUGAUGUGUGUGUACGUAAUAAUAUUAUUUUUCGUUGGAAAUAAAAGUGAUUUCAAUUUCUGUUUGUAAAAAAA